AUGACUGAGGACGAGAUGAUGCAACUGGCACUGCGGCUCAGUGAACAGGAAGCCGGCGCCAACCCAUCCCAAGAGGAAGAGGGUGAUGUGAGCGAGGCCGUCCACCAAAGUAUGGUGGGUCAGACGCCGGAGCAGAGUCUCCUGAAAGGUGAACCUGAUCAUCGGCCCGUUUCGUCUGGUCUGGAGCUCCAGCAGAGAGCAUGUGACGUCUCGCACGCCGACCAGGACUUUCCUUUUGGAGGUUUUAUCUCCAGCAAUUGCUCACUGGAAAGUUUAUCACCCUCACACCGAAGCAUCAGCCCCACUUUCCCCAGAACUCCCUGCAGCCCCCUGGUGGAUGUGAGGGGAACUGGAGCCGGGAAGACACUCCAGUUCACCAACAGCCCCUGUGGACCUUCUGGACCUGAGCGCUCGCCUCGGCUCUUGGACAAGGAAGGUCUUGCUGACUCUGUUGAGAUGAACCAUCAGGCUGAGGACUCUGAAGUCACUGUGAGAUCUUAUGACAUGACGCUGCGCUGGUCAGAUGAAGACGAGGACGUGAGGGAGUCACGGAGCCCGGUCUUUCAUCAGGAAACAGGCAGCGGCUGGACUCCCGCCACUGCAAACGGACCCGGCAGUUCCUCAUCAUCAAGGGUGGAUCCCUGUGUGGACCCGCGACUGAGGAGCCAGGGAGGACCAGCUGAGGGCCAGCCAACGGUCCAGUACUACUGGGGCGUCCCAUUCUGUCCCAGAAGUCUGGACCCAGACGAGUACACUCAGGUGAUCGUGACUCAGUUGGACACUUACAGCCGGAGUCUUAAAGAAGCUCGAAGGUUGCUGCUGAGGAAAGCCCAGUGGAGCGACGGCGUCCUGCCUGAGACGAACGCUCCCUCGCCGCCACAGACUGAAGCUGAGGCUUCGCAACAGAUAGGCAGCGGGGACGAUGGGAACCAAGGCGCUGACGUUGAUCCUGGGAAGUGCAGAGAUCUGGACGAAGAUCUUCAGGACAUGGACUGUAACACCUGUCCAGAGACGCAGCUGACUGACAAAGACUGUGAUGAUGAUGAAGAUGGUGAAGACCAGUGUCUGAAAGGAAGGGUCAGUGAGCGCCUCUGUCGGAUGUCUGUGAGAGACGGACUGUCAUGUUCUCCGCAAAGCCGUGCCUCUCCGCUGGAGGUCAAGGAGAUCGUGGUGCCAGACUGUGAUGAAGAAGAAGUUGAGGAAGCUGAUGAAAAGAAAAAUGACAGCUCGUCUUCCGAUGUGGAGGAGAUACAUGAGGUGAAGAGCGGAAGCCGUCCCUCCGCCGAUCCCUCUCUGAGCCCUCAGAGCACGGUCAACUGUCCCAUCUGCCAGCUCUCCUUUCCGCUGGCAGACGUGGAGAUGCACGCGGCCUACUGUGAAGGAGACAAGAACAAGUCUGCGGACGACAGCGACCACGAUUCUCCAGUUCGGCCAAGGAAGAGACGAAGAAAAGGAGCCGCAGAGAGCGUCCAGGAGAAGUGCUACGUCUGCCAGACAAUGGUUCCGCUGAGCAGCUACAGUCGCCACACCCAGCUCUGCAUGCAGCUGUCCGUCAAGCCUGCUAGAGGAACCCUGCUGUCCGCCCUGGAGCAGAGCGACUCCGCAGACACUGCUCAGCGUGGUUCUGGGGUCCGACCAGGCCCAUCAGGUUCCAGGGUCCAGCCGUGUCCGUCAAGUUCGAGAGUAAAGCCAAAUGACAUCAUCGAGCUUCAAGAUGACGACGACGAUGAUGAUGAGGAUUCUUUGAACAGAAUCUUCACAGAAGCGACCAAAUCUCAGGUGACCUUCAGGCGAACACAAGCUCAGAAACCGAAACGAUGAAGCAAACAGGCCUUUUCUGUCUGCUGAGCUGAAGAUGUCGGACUAUAACUGAGGUCAAAGGUCGGGGUGUGCAUCGCCGUUUGUAAACGCACGUCCUAAUAAAAGCCGACUGAGAACGCAGCUAAAGAGCUUCUUUCUUCACC